UUCACGAUUCGUGAUACGUUGGUGCGUUGGUUCAUGGUUCGUUCACAGCAGUUCGCAAAAAUGGAGAGUGAUGAUGAUCUGGCUACAGCUUGUGCUAUUUAUAUAAUCUUAGCGCAAAAUAAAAAGAAGUUAAAUAAACGAAAAAAACGCAGAUGGUGGAGUGUAUCAUUAUUCAGACAUAGAGACAGAUAUAAUGGCAAUGAUCUGCUAAAUGAUUUAUCAAUAGAAUGCUAUGGUAAAUUUGAAAAUUUUUGUCGGAUGGUAUCUGCAGAUUCCGAAAUUCUGCUGCAAUUAAUAGGCCCAUGUAUAACUACACAGACCACUAACAUGAGGCGUACCAUUUCUGCUAAAGAAAGAUUAGCUGUAACUUGAUGAUUCCUUGCUUCUGGAGACAGCUAUCACAGUCUGAGUUAUUUAUUUAAAAUCUCACUGCAGCUCAUAUCCUCCAUCGCGAUUGAAGUAUGUAAAGCACUAAAAAUGGCACUUCGAGACCAAGUAAAGAUUCCUGCGACUUCUGCAGAAUGGAAAAAAAUGCAGAUUUAUUCGAAGACAGACGGAAUUUUCCAAAUUGUGUUGGUGCUAUAGAUGGGAAACAUGUAGUGAUAAUGGCUCCUAUAAAUAGUGGUAGUGAAUAUAUAAAUUACAAGGGAACAUUUAGUAUAGUACUAAUGGCUUUGUGUGAUGCGGAUUACAAUGUAAUAUACAGUAAUAUUGGC